UAGAAGCAUUUUUGCAAGUACUAGUUCAUUUCAUUGCCCACUCACACCAACAACACAAGCUACAGCACCGGCACUAGCAUCCACCAUAACCGUUGACGCGUGCGUGCAUAUUCUUCCUUGCUCCGCACGUCACAUCGCUCGAGCGCGGCGUCGCAGAUCUCGUGAUCGCCGAUCCGAAUGGACGGUUACGACGGAACCGUGAGGCUCGGCGCCAUUAACCUCAGGCACGAUCGCGCUGAUUUGGACUCCGGCCCCGACGUUUCCGUCUCCUCGCCGGUCACGCGGCAGAAAGCCGCCGCCGCCAAGCAGUUCAUCGAGAAUCAUUACAAGAACUAUCUCCAAGGAUUGCAGGAUCGCAAAGACAGACGCAGGGCGCUGCAGAGGAAAGUGCAAGAAUCUCAGAUACCGGUUGAGGAGAAGGAGGAAAUGAUGAGGAACUUGGAGCGCCGAGAAACUGAGUUCAUGAGGAUUCAGAGACGUAAAAUUGGAAUUGACGAUUUCGAGCAAUUGACGGUGAUUGGGAAAGGUGCUUUUGGUGAGGUGAGGUUAUGUCGUGCUAAAAGUACGGGAGAGAUUUUUGCCAUGAAGAAAUUGAAGAAGUCAGAGAUGCUUAGUCGCGGACAGGUGGAACAUGUUCGAUCCGAGAGAAACUUGCUGGCAGAGGUUGAUAGCAGAUGCAUAGUAAAACUCCAUUAUUCAUUCCAAGAUUCGGAUUUCCUUUAUCUCAUCAUGGAAUAUUUACCUGGUGGUGACAUUAUGACAUUGUUAAUGAGAGAAGAUAUUCUUUCUGAAGACGUUGCUCGCUUCUACAUCGCUGAAAGCAUUCUUGCUAUUAACUCGAUACAUCAACACAACUAUGUACAUAGGGAUAUUAAACCAGAUAACCUGAUACUGGACAAAAAUGGUCAUUUGAAGCUUUCGGACUUUGGCUUAUGUAAGCCUCUUGACGAUAAGUAUUCAACAAUUUUAUUGGAAAAUGAAGAUCUUACCAGUCAAGAAUCAACCAGUGAAACUGAAGGAUAUUCUGCUUCUCCUUGGUUGAUGCCAAAGGAGCAAUUACAGCAGUGGAAACGUAAUCGACGUGCAUUGGCGUACUCAACUGUUGGAACUCUUGAUUAUAUGGCACCUGAAGUUUUGCUCAAGAAGGGCUAUGGAAUAGAAUGUGAUUGGUGGUCUCUUGGGGCAAUUAUGUAUGAGAUGCUUAUUGGGUAUCCUCCAUUUUGUUCUGAUGAUCCAAGGAUGGCCUGCCGAAAGAUUGUUAACUGGAAAACAUGCCUGAAAUUCCCAGAAGAACCUAAGAUAUCAGUAGAAGCAAAGGAUUUGAUCUUUCGCUUACUAUGUGAUGUGGACUCAAGACUAGGAACAAGAGGAGUAGAAGAAAUAAAGGCUCAUCCAUGGUUCAAGGGUGUUCAGUGGGACAUGCUUUAUGAAUUAGAGGCUGCUUAUAAACCUACAGUCACUGGGGAUUUAGAUACUCAAAACUUUGAGAAGUUUCCUGAAGUAGAUGGCCCACCAUCCGUAACAGCAACUGUUGGACCUUGGCGGAAGAUGCUGACAUCCAAAGAUAACAAUUUCAUUGGAUAUACUUUUAAGAAGUCAGACAUUCUUACAUCUCUUGAAAGUUCAGAUGUAGAUAUCAGAGAAAAGGGAUCAUCAAAAGCCCCUUCAUUGAUUACCUUGUUAGGUCGGAUUGAUUUGCAAGAUACUGUCAUACCAGAAUCUGACCAGAAGCCAGAAGCUUGAAUCAAACUAACUUGUUUUACUUUUAUUGGAACUUGUAUUCUAUUCUUUAUGCUUGGCGUUUGAAGGUUGUAGAUGUCUGAAUAUUAGCAAGCAGGUUCAUAAUUCAAUUAUAGGGAUCUGGAUGAUGGAGUAAGGUCAUCAUGGAUCAUGGCGGGGUUAAUACCAUGAGGCUCAGUUAUACCGCACAAACAUGAUAUUAUCCUUGACAUGAAGUCAGACCGUUGCUAUACAACUCCUUUCCAGUUUCCUGAAAUCCAAGCAUUUAAGGUGUUGUUAAGUAAUGAAAAUUUUGUGUCUAUUAUUUUAUUUUUUCUCUUUGUAUACAAAUAUUUUGAUCGAGUUUUUUUG